GCUGUAAGCGGUUGUAGAAACGGAGACCCCUAUUACGGAAAACUGUGGUUAACUGUGCUGUAGCUACCGCUGCAGAGAUGCGAGGGACAGAAAAACGUCGAGAAAGGAAGCAGAGGGCAACACCGGACCUGAACGUAAAGUAACCGCCGUCACAAAUCAUCUGAGAUGUUUCGAGAAACCGAGGAGCAGCAUCUUCGCAGCGCUUUCUCCUGCUGGAGAUAAAAAACCGAGAAGAGGAUCGCGCAUUGAUCCGAGAACAGGGGGACGGGAGGGGCCGAUCAUGGGGAACGAAGCGAGCCUUGAAGGAGGCGAGGGGCCGCCGUCUGGGCUACCCGAGGGGCUGGCACCUGACGGGAAGGGGGGCUUUUACCGGGUCUCAGACGGGACACCGGUCAACCUGAGUGAACUCAGCGAGGAGCAGAGGCGGCAGCUCUCCGCGGCGAUGUCAAGGGCGCAAGGCAGGCAGCCCGGAGGCGCGGCGGCUGGACGAAGACCAUCAGAAUCUGACGCACAGCAGCGUUCCCAGCAGGUAGGAACCUCCAGGGGCCCAACAGGUCUUAGCAAAAGCCGAACUGUAGACGCCUUCAACCAGGGUCCACUCGGAAAGCCCACACCAGGCCGCAGCCCUUCGUCUCUCAGCCUUUUUGAAUCAAGAUUCCGGCAGGAGCCAAAAGACCCUGAGACCAAGUCAUCCGGCAUGUUUGGCUCCAGUUUUCUCAGCGGGGCCAACCCCCUCAGCGCUGUAUCGUCUAUGACUUCGUCUGUCUCCUCCUCCAUAUCCUCCAUGGGCGAUACUGUCAACAUUCCCAAAUUUGGACUGUUUGGGGAUGAAGAGGAGGAAGGCUUGCCUGCAGCUUCUGAGUCCAAGCAGGGAGGGAAGCCACAAGGGAAAGGCCCACAGCAAGGGCCAGGUCCGAAGGGACCACAGCAGGGAGGACCCCAGAAACAGAGUCAGGGCCCUCCUGGACAGGGAGCAAAGCCAGGGCAAGGACCCCCUGGUCAAGGACCCAGACAAGUUCAGGGACCACCAGGCCAAGGGCCAAAAGCAGGCCAAGGUCCUCCUGGCCAAGCACCACCAGGGCAUCAGGCCCCCAGACCAGGUCAAGGACCACCGGGUCAAGGCCCACCAGGGUCACAGGCACCCAGACCAGGUCAAGGACCCCCAGGUCAAGGACCCAAACAGGGAGGCCCUCUCCAACAAAAAGGUGGUCCGCCACCACAGCAACAACAACAACAAGGACCUGGGAAACCUGGACCCAAACAGCAAGUGCCACAAGGGCCUGGUGCACAUCCUGAAGCCCCAGGAAAGACUUCUGGGCCCCCUAUUAAGCAGGGAACUGGAAAGCCUGCAGCUGGGAUUUGCCCACUAUGUAAAACCACCCAGCUGAACGUUGGAUCUAAGGAUCCACCUAAUUACAAUAACUGCACUGAGUGUAAGAACCAGGUCUGCAGCCUGUGUGGAUUCAGCCCCCCAGACUCAGCGGGUAAAGAGUGGCUGUGUCUGAACUGUCAGAUGCAGCGAGCCAUGGGAGGAAUGGAUCCCCCUGGUGUGACGAAGCCCAAGCAAGGCUCCGCCCCACCCUCUCCUCAGAGACAGGCAUCGGGAAAACCUGGAAAGCUCCUGAUAAAACAGCAAAGCACCUCCGACCAAGGGUUAACACCACCAACCACACCAAGGCAGAAAUCCCCAGGUCCUACCUCUCCAGGACCACUUUCACCAGGCUCCUCAGUCGCGGGAUCCCCCAAAAUCGACCCUAAGACAGGUCGCCCCAUUAUUCAGAAGUCCAGUCCUCAGCAGUCCCCAGCUAAACCCAAGCAGGAAUCAAGCUUCUUUGGAGGGUUGGGAGGUAUCAGUUUAGGGGGGCUCACAGAUGCAGCUAAGCCACCAGCAGCUGCUUCACAUGCUGCUGAGUCAGUCACGGGAAAACUGUUUAGUGGGUUUGGUGGGUUGAUGGAGUCGUCGAAGCCUCAGGCCCAGGCUGCUCCAAAACAGGAGGAAUCUGUUGCUGGGAAGUUGUUUGGAGGUUUUGGAGGCUUGACAGAGUCCACUAAACCUCCUGCGGCCACAUCUCAAAUGUUUAGCUUUGGAUCAUCCCUCUUGAGCUCAGCCACCAGUCUUGUCACGGGAGAGGAAGAUAAAGCAAAGGGUUCACCUCCUGGGUCACCACCUGACUCCCCUGCAGACUCUGGUCCCGGUUCACCACCUGACUCCCCCCUCUCUGGCCCUGGCUCUCCCCCUGAUUCAGACUCUGCUCCUAAAACACCGCCCCCUAAGACCAAGAAACCGCCCAGAACCAUUUCUGUGGAGCGGGAAGAGAAAGCCCCAGAAACCAAACCCGUGCCCGCUUCAGCUCCAGCGACGAAGGAAAACUGCCCUCUGUGUAAUGUGGAGCUAAACGUUGGCUCGACAGACACGCCCAACUACAGCCUCUGCACCGAGUGCAAGAAGACAGUGUGCAAUCUGUGUGGAUUCAAUCCUACUCCUCACUUAGGAGAGAAAGAAUGGCUUUGCCUCACCUGUCAAACUCAAAGAGCGAUGUCAGGCCAGCUGGGAGAUGUUUCACCAUCAUCCAUGGCUUCCCCAAAGAAGCAGCCUCCUGGUCCUGUUCCCUCCUCCACCCCAACCCCUGCUGGUGUAGAUAGCAAACCUGUAGUAGAACCAGCAGAGCCAACCCCACCAGCUUCUGAGACCAAGGUAGUGCCCACAACCCCCCCUGAAUCAACACCUGAUAGUGCACUAAUUUCACCUAAUCGUAGUAUUCCUCCUCCUGAGAACAGUUCACAAUCAGAAGAACAAAACCAAACACUAGCAAAUGACAAUAUUGUUCAUUCUGAGAAAGAAGUUCCUGUAGUAGAACCAGCAAACCUAACCCCACAAGCUUCUGAAACCAAGGUAGUGCCCACAACCCCUACUGACUCUGUGCCUGAGAGUGCACUGAUUUCACCUAAUCAUAUUAUUCCUCCUCCUGAGAAUGGUUCACACUCAAAAGAACAAAAUCAAAUACUAGCAGAUGAGCAUACUAGUCACCCUGAGAAAGUGGUUCCAGUAGUAGAACCAGCAAACUUAACCCCACCAACUUCUGAGACCAAAUUAGCACCCUCUGAGGCUGAGCUUGAUAGUGUUCUAAUUUCACCUAAUCAUAGCACUCCUCCUCCUGAGAACAGUUCGCAUGACCCACCACAGACAGCAGAACAACAAGAAGAAGAUGAGAAUGCUAUCUACCCUGAGAAAGAAGUUCCUGUUUCAGAGAGUUUAGCUGAUAGUACCCAAGUGGCCCCACCAGCCGAGCAACAGCAAAACAGCUCUGAGAGAAUAGCAGAGGAUCCCCCUCAGCCAGGGAAAGAGCCAUUUGAUUCUGAUCAACAAACUGUCAGUGAACUCCCAGCAGCUGAGCAACAACAGAGUAGCUCUGAGAAAGAAUCAGAGGACCAUCCUCAUCCCUGUACAGAGAUAGCUAAUGAUGAGCAACAAGCACAGAGUGCAACUGUCAGUGAAAUCCCAGCAGUUGUGCAACAUCAGAGUAGUUCUGAGAAACCCACAGAGGACCUUUCUCUCCCUGUGGAAGGUGAGACACAAAAUCCAUUGACUAAUUCAGGUUUAGACAAGACAACAGACCCUGCUGGGGCAGAAACUGAGCCAAAUCCCAAGAUUACGCAAAGUGAGGCUGCCGCUCCCCUGGCAGAUAGUAAGAAAGUGGAACCCACUCAAGAAAAGCAUCCAGAAGUGACAACAAAUGCAGCUGAGCCAAAGCCUGCUUUGAUCCCCGAAGCAGUCAGACAGGAAACAGCUCCUGUUCAACCCGAUACUACAGCUGCAAGUGUGAAAGAAACAACAGAGGUUUCAGCCGAGAAACCCCUGAUAGGUGAACCACAAGUUACUCCAGCAGAUCACACUCCACCUGACAGUGAAACAACACCUAAUGUCAAGAGUGAUGUUAGUGCAGAAGUAACGACAGAAGUAGAACCGAAGAACUCUGUGUCCCCUGUUGAACAAGUUGAUGUCCCUGAACCUGAUAAAGCUGAGCAAGAAUUAAAACGAAAAGAGGCCACAAGUGUAGAACCUGAAAUUCCUUCUGUACUGUCAGAAAAGCAUCCUGUCUCAGCUUCAGAAGGAAAAGGUCAGGCAAACGAAGUGAAAGAUGAACAGUCAGAAAAAGAUCAGGAGCCCACAUUACUUGAUCUGGCAGAUAAAUCCUCUCCUGUUGCUCAGUUUGAAGGAGAAACGAAAGCUGUGGAGAAAUCAAAUGAGGAGAACACCGCUGAAAAUAAAGUUUCUCAGGAACUUAAUAAUGAGGUAGACACAACAGCGCAGAAAGCACCCGAGGGAGCUGAUGAGGGAACAUCAGUUGAGAUUAAAACAAAUGCAUGUGUGCCGAUAACUACUGAGGUAAAACCUGAUGACGAGGAAGCUGCUGAAGAAAAAGAAAAGGAGGAGAAUACAGUUCAUAAUGAAAGUAACCAGAAACCUCUGGAACAGAAUGUUACUAAUACAGAAAAUUCGUCUUCUCUUCUCGACAAGAAGGAAUCUGCAACGGGAUUAGAGCCGGCUGCAACUGUUCCAGAGGAAAUGCCAAAAGAAGAAAUAGAUAUACAGAACAAGAUAAAAGCAGGAACAAAGAAUGAGCCAGCUGAGGAGAGCAUUAUUGAAACAGCAUGCUUGUCAGAGAAGUCACAGGAGAAAGGAAAGACUGCGGUCGAAGAAGAGUGCACACCUGAAGCCACGGUGUUAAAAUCAGAUAAUAAAUCUGACAAUGCAACGGUUAUCUCUGUUCCACCACCCCCUGACUUCGAAGAGCCACAAAUGGUCAAUGAGGUGCCAGUGCAAAGUGUAGACAGCGUGUUAUCCUCAGCUGUUACUAGUAAGACAAAUGUCAGCGAUCAAGGCAGUGAGGUGAACCUUUUCCAAGAUGAGUCAGAGAUGGGCUCACAAAAGACAAAGAGUAUUGCUGAAAAUCAACAUGAAGCAGAAAAAGAUACAUCAGCUGUGACAGGCGGCGAUGAGCAAGAGCUUGGAAAAGUUGUUGAAUUGUCAAUCAAAGAGAAGAAUGAAGCAAAAUGUGACAAAAAAGACGAUGAGUCACAACCUGUUGCUGGCAACAUGCAGACAACUAUUUCAGUAUCAGAGGCAAACGCAGUGUGCGACAAAGAAGGCACUGCAGAGUUUGAUGUAGGCGAGAAUGCAAUAUCAAAGAAGGAUGAAGUAUCAGAGACAGCUUUUGAAAAUGGAGGUGUGCCUCUAUCAGUAUCUUCAGCUCCUGUCACAGAACCUGAAAUCCCAGUUUCUGUAGUAAGUGAGCAGGACAGCAGCCCGAAGGAGGAAAACACUAACAUGGAGGAGGAAAAGGAGUCUCUUGAAAAGCUCAAUGAUGAAGCUGAACUUUCUGAGGUGAAAACAGUGGAGACUUUGAAAGAGCCUGGAAUUAAAGAAGCCGCUGUCAAGGAAGGCAGCCCAACCAGCCCAUCAGACCUAGCAAAGCUAGAAAGCACUGUCCUGCCCAUCCUUGAGGCCCAGGCAACCACACAAGAAGAGGAGAAACAAACAGACACUCUAAAGGCCAGGCGUAAAUUAGAAGUGCUUCCUCUCUCACCUGACUCUCCUAGCUCAGAAGAGGACAGAGAGGUUUCUGAUAAGAACGGCAAUGGUACCACAAAGAAAAAGCUCCUUGUGCCCGUGGAUGUCAAGGCAGAUUCCCUGGACGAUAGCAGUGAAAGCUUUGGAAAAGAAAGCCCUAUGUCAGGAGAUGAUGAAGAAUUUAUCCGAAAACAGAUAAUGGAAAUGAGUGAGAAUGAAGAUGCUUCACCAUCUGAUGAGGAAAACCUAGUUCGGCGAAAGAUUAGAGAGGACGAGAAGAAACAAAAGGAACAAAAGAAGACAGAAACUGUAGAGAAGGGCACGACAGGGAAAGUCAGACGGCUUACCAAGAAAAGCACCAUAAGCCCAGAUGAUGAAGAUAAGGAAUUUGGUACUUUAGUGGAUAAACCUGAUUUAAACAAAGAUAUGGAAGCAGAAAUAAAAGAAGGGAAGCAACAAAGUGGUACUGGAGUUCGCAAAUUCCAAACUAUGGAGCUAAAUACAACUAGCAGCCCUGUGUCUAUACCCAAUGAUGAUGGAGAGCCUGAAAUGGAAAGCCUGACAGACUCUCCAGAUGAUCGGUCUAGAGGUGAGGGGUCUUCCAGUCUACAUGCAUCCAGUUUCACUCCUGGAACUUCCCCAACAUCCCUCUCCUCACUGGAUGAAGACAGUGAUAGCAGUAGUCCGAGCCAUAUCCGCAGUGGUGAAGGUAAACAGCACAGGAAAGCCAAACACAGACAACCUGGUCAAAUGCUGCCAACUAUCGAAGACUCUUCUGAGGAAGAAGAGUUACGGGAAGAGGAGGAGCUGCUCAGGGAGCAAGAAAAACAGAAGGGCUCAGGGAAAAAAUCCAAAAAAGAUAAAGAUGAGAUUCGAGCCCAGAGGAGGCGAGAGCAUCAAAAGACACCGCCAAGCAACCUUUCCCCUAUUGAAGAUGCCUCGCCAACUGAAGAGCAGAGGCAAGAAGCUGAAAUGGAGGAGAUUAGACGAUCAUCUUGCUCAGACUUUUCACCCAGUAUUGAAUCAGAUCCUGAAGGAUUGGAAAUCCAUGCUGCAAAGAUUGCGGCAGUCCAGAAAACCUAUCAGCUGCCCAUGUCUGUAUCUCUUCACUCCCCAACAGAUGAUCAAAAUAUUGAUAAACCACAGAAAAAACCUCUCAGAUCUGCUGAUGAAGCUUAUGAGGAGAUAAUGCUGAGGGCCAAGUCUCCAACAGCUGACAAAGGUGAGAUUCAGCCAGAAAAAGAGUCCCUAUAUGGAGGCAUGCUCAUCGAAGAUUAUGCUUAUGCAUCUCUUAUUGACAAUUCAACAGCUGAUCUCGAGGAGCCAGAGAAGAUUACUGUUCCCACUCAGCCCAAAAAGUUGCGAUCGCCAGAUGAAGUUUAUGAAGACAUGAUAAAGAAAAGAAAGGAAUUCAUGCAGCUGGAGCAGGAAUACCAAAAUAUGCAGGCAAAAAAGGAAAGCACUAACCCAGAAAUUGUGCUACAACCUGCUGAUAUUACUGUCUCCAAAAGCAGUACAAUAACAUUAGACAUGGAUGGGAAGCCAUUGCUGGAUGCUGAAACUGCCUAUGAAGAGCUAAUGAAAAGAGUCCUGACCCCUGGAACAAGUCCAACUCAGCAUGAGCCAAAAGUAGAAGCCACUGCAUCUAGAAAGGCACUCCACCCUAUUCCAGACUUAAAAGUAACGCAGUGCUCUUCAGGAGAGUUAUCUUCUGAUGAUGAAAUUAUACCUAAAAAGGAAGAGGAGAAAAAUGCUGUAUCAGAUGUCACAUCAGCAAUGGAAACUGAGCCUGUGAAAGAAACUUUUCCAUCACCCACAUCAGAUCAGCAACCUGAAACCACAAUCAAAGCAUCCCAAGGUGAUAUUGUGGACUUGACUAGUGCAUCUACAAAAACAUCAGCUCCUGUGAUUGCCAGUGUAUCACCCUUGCCUACAGUCCCCCAGUAUACACCUAGUAUACCAAGUGUAGUAUCAACUGCCCCACCUGUGCCCCCGAAGCCAACUGUCCUGCGUAGGGCUAAUUCUCAGGAAAAAACAGAAGAACCUGUUGCACCGCCGCUGCCUCCUCCCACUCCUCCAAAACCUACUGUUUUUCCCAGGAAAGCUCCAGUUCCACUUCCACCUCAGGCUUCAGCAGCUCCAGUAAGGCAAGAGACAGUGACUAUGACUACAGCUCAAGCACCACCUACAAGACAAGUAGUUACUCCAACAUACAAACCUCAUGUUCCCCCUCCUGUACCCCCAAAGCCAUCCAUCCCCGUUGGAAUUGGGGAUAGCCACAAACCAGGACAUGGUGUUAAACCACCAAUUGCACCAAAGCCUGGCUCACAGCCUUCAUCACCUGCCCAUGCCCCACAUCCACAAAGACCCUCUGUACUUCCCACAGGUCCUAGUGACAUAGCCCUUAAUCUAAGCCCCACUUCUGAAAGCAAAAUGUUUCAACCAUCACCAAAGUCUCCUUCUUCUCCAAGAUAUGCCAGCAAUCUUCGUGACACAUAUGUGGUCAUCACUCUGCCAUCUCAGCCUAGUUCUCCUGUAGAUAGUGUUACGACUCAUGCUCCCUCUAGCCCUGGUCCAGCAUCUCCUUCAUGGCAAGCUCAGCCUGAGACUUACCACCAUCAGCAGCCUCAACCUCAACCAUAUUCACAGCAGCAGCAGCAGCAACAAACACCUCCUCAAACAACCAGGGUGCCUCUGGCAUAUACACGAGUCACAGAAUCCAUUGAAAGUCAAGAAAUUUGUGGCCCUGAAAAACACGUAUCUAGUUCUUGUCAUAUAAUUGAGGCUAUAUCAGCCUCAGCACAGCCACCUGUGGUGAUGCCCAACCUCAUCUCUCAAGUGGUUACCACAGAAGUCCAAAGGACCACUGUCUCUGUUGUUCAUGAAAGGACACCACCACCAGUGCCAGCUCCAAGGGCAAAUGGUCUCCCAAUCUCAAUGCAGAGGCCUAUGCCCCAGUUGCCAGCACAGAAUGGACAGGCAAUUCAACCUUCUGAAGUGGUAGAUCUUAGGACUAUGAAAGUGGAUCCAGAAUCAACCACGCGUGGUGUGGAUCUGUCUGCUGGUCCAGACUCAAGACAUCAGUCCCUUACGACUGAUGGCAGUCGUCACAGCAGUGCAGUGCAGUCCCCUGUGGUCAACCUCAGUGCUGAAUCAUCUACAGUUUCUAUAGUAACUGAUAGCAUCACCAUCGUGACCUGUGCUGCCACAAUCCAGCGACGCGACAACUUGGACACCUCUUUACCCUCUUCAGUACCCCUUCAACUAACAAAAAACAAAUCAUUUGAACCUGUUUCUCAAAUUGUUUAUCGACCAAUUGAUUCUCAGCCGUCUACUCAUGCUACUGCUGAGAUCCCUAUUAAUCUCUCAGUUGGAUCUAGUACGAGUGGAGGAACACUCCAGGCCACCCCUGUAACAAUUGCACCCGCUUCUGUUGCAAGUUGUAUUGCUAAUGGAUUAACUAAUGGCACAACCACAGUGUCAGGAGCUGUUGACCUCAGCACAAAUAAACCAUUCAACACUGUGGUUUCAGUGGAUGCUGCGUCUACCGAAGUGGUUACAGCUGUAAUCACAGACGAUGGCAAACCAGUGGAUCUGACUGCAGGGAAAAGAGCUGUAUGUUGUGAUGUUGUGUACAAGCUUCCAUUUGCAGGAAGUUGUGCUACUCACCAACCUACCACACCCUUGCCUGAAGAUCGCUUUGGAUAUCGUGACGACCACUAUCAGUAUGACAGGUCGCCUUAUGGCAUGAGAGGGUUUGGUGGAAUUAAACCUUCUAUGUCAGAUACUAACCUAGCAGAAGCUGGUCUCUUCAUUUACAAGAGUAAAAACAGCUAUAAUUUCAGUGGCACAACUGAAGGUGCAGUAGAUCUUACCUCAGCAAAGAUUUCUGAUGCAGGUGAAGCUGUUGACUACUCCAAGAAAGGAACUUACGCUGGAAUGACAAUUCCUCCCUAUUCUCAAGAUAGAGUCACAAGUGCUGUUGGCACACUCUUUGGUACAAGCAGUGUUUUGAGAUCAUCAAAUGGAGUGGUUUAUUCCUCUGUCGCAGCCCCAGUCCCAUCUACAUAUGCCAUUACCACCCAGCCUGGGUCCAUAUUUAGUACAGCAUACAACACCCUGUCAGGUAUGCAUACCAGCGACACCAUGCCUUCUCUUUCCAACCUCCAGAACCUACCACUUACUCGAUCCCACAGUUUUCUAUCCACCAUCUCUACUACUGCAGCAGAAGAACAAGCAGAUGCCCCACUCAAUCUAGAGAUAUCUAGAGGAGGUACUACUGCUGUUGAUGCUGCAACUACAGCAGCAACUUCUUUAUCUCUUGACACCUAUACUGAUGCGUCUCUGGAGGCUAUAGCUGCUUCACUGGAAGCGCUUUCUUCACCCAUGGUUCCUGGAGACAGCCAGUAUCAGGCAGAGCGCGAGAGACUAGAAAUGGAAAAACUCAAGCAACAGCGCCUGGCUGAGGAAUUAGAAUGGGAACGGCAGGAAAUUCAGCGGUUCCGAGAACACGAACAACUCAUGGUGCAAAAGGAACUGGAGGAGCUGCAGGCCAUGAAACAGCAGAUACUUGCCCAGCAAGAAGAGGAAAGACAGGCUCACCUUAUAAUGCAGAAAGAAACUUACGCUCAGCAGCAGCAGCAGCUUGAGCAGAUUCAGAGACUCCAAGAGCAGCUCCGUCUGCAACUGGAAGAGCAAAAGCUUCGUCAGAUGUACCCAGGUGGGGACAUACAAGAGGCAGUUGUCUUAGGACCUGAUGGCACUGUACUGGCCCGAAAGAUCACAGAUAGUGGGUGCCAGACAGAUGAAGAGGAUGAAGCAGUCAGCAAAGCUUACACAGCAGGUAGAAAAAAGAGAACUGCUAAAAAGAGCGUUGACAGUUGUGUACAGACUGAUGAUGAGGAUCAAGAUGAAUGGGAGGCUCAGAACAGAAGCAGACAAAGCCGUCCACGUACUGCCAGAGGUGAUAGGGGUGGGCAGUCUGAGAUGUCUCUUCAAGCCCACACUGAGAUUUCUAUACAAACUGAUACAGAUGGGAACAUUAGAAUGGAUACCAGAAUGGAGCUUUCAGAUUCUGAAAGGACCUCACCAAAGAAACGACCUACCCCCUUAGAAAUAGGACAGUCUGCUAACCUCAAAGCUGAUUCUUCUACUCUUCAGGCCCCUCCUAAAUCCCCCAAAGUGCUCUAUUCCCCUGUAUCCCCUUGUAUCUCACCAAGCAAAUCCCUUGAGUUUGUGUCUUAUGAUAAAUCCCUUGGUGAUACAAGCCCACAAAACCUAAGAGGAAGUCCUGAUCCAUCAAAAGCCUCUCCAGCAAGUCCCAGAGGACAGAAAUCCAUGCAGAGAUCUAUGUCUGACCCUAAGCCCAUGAGUCCAACAGGAGAAGAAAGAGCAACAUCUGGAACCCAGUAUGGUGAAGGCUAUACUGGCAAAGGCUCAGGUGGUACACCAACAGGGACUCAAAAGAAGGUGAAGAGGACUCUCCCAAAUCCUCCAUCAGAGGAUGAGUCAACAACCACUGGACAGACAGCAUAUAGCACUGGCUCAGCCCGUCGAAGAAUGUGCCGUAAUUCCAACAUGGCACGCGCCAAGAUCCUACAAGACAUUGAUCGAGAGCUAGAUCUGGUGGAGCGCGAGUCUUCCAAGCUCCGCAAAAGACAAGCAGAAUUAGAUGAGGAGGAGAAAGAGAUAGAUGCAAAGCUAAGAUACUUGGAGAUGGGCAUUAAUCGUAGAAAAGACGCACUGCUUAAAGAAAGAGAGAAGAGGGAAAGGGCCUACUUACAGAGUGUUGCAGAGGACAGAGACUACAUGUCAGACAGUGAGGUUAGCAACAUCCGAGAGACUAGAGGAGGUGGUGAGGAUGAGGAGAUUGAAAGUCAUGGUCUUGAACGUCCCAGGACAGCUCCUCAGUCAGAAUUAGAUGACUUUGUCCCACCGCAAACCAAGCAUGAAUAUGGAAAAUACUCUCAGUACCAAUACCCUCAAAGUCAAUUUCAGCAGUCUCUCUACCAGACACCUCAGUCCUACCAGUCUCAUUCGAUCUACUCCUCUGUCCCUUCGCUCACUACCUCCCAGCAGCAGAGUUACCACCAAAUGCUUUUGUUGCAGCAGAAAGCUGCGAGACAAGCAGCCCUACUCUCAGAGCUCGAUGCAACGAAAUAUGAUGUCAUUAGCCGUCAGCCUGAUCCCACUUCAUCAGCUUACCUUGGUGUUAAGUAUGACAAAUAUGGGAAUCAUCUUGAUCUCAGAGCCUUAGAAGUGGGAAGUAUAGCAGGUAGCCCAAUGUCAGCUGUCUCUGAUUCCUACUACACAGAUGUAGAUCACCACACACCUCGGAGUUACAUGCUCCUGGAAGAUGCUGCAGAACUAGCUAAAGGCUCCACAGGUCUGUCCUCAUCUUAUAGUCUGGCUGAGAGGGAGCUGGCAAAGGCAGAGAAACUGCUUCGUAGGAGUGCUGCUGAUCUGGGGUCUACUGACUAUUUGGGAUCCACGUCCAGACUUCAUACCUUUGGAAAGACCCCUGACGAAGAGGAUACCAUGGAGGAACCCUAUGAACUGAAACUUUUAAAGCAGCAGCUUAAGCAAGAGUUUAGGAGAAGUACAGGUGGGACCGAAAACUUAGAACAAUUGACAGGUCUCUCACAGCACUACUAUACACCAAGCUCUAGCAUCUCUGGUUACUCUCAGAGACACUAUCCAAAGUCAGAAAAGUAUAGCAUCAGUCGACUUACUCUUGAGAAGCAGGCAGCUAAACAACUCCCAGCAUCUGUGUUGUACCAAAAACAUAAGACACCACUACUAGAUCCUAAAAUCUCCUCCAAGUAUUCCUCUAUUACAGACAGUAGAGGUUUAGAGACUGACUAUACCAGCUAUUUGGGGUCCACCAGUGCAUCCCCAAGAUCCAGCCGUCUCUUGCAGGAUGAGAUUACCUUUGGUCUUCGGAAGAAUAUUGCAGAGCAGCAAAAGUAUUUAGGAUCCACCCUGGGUGCUAACUUGGCUGGGUCACUAAACUUGGGUCAGAGCUUGGGUUUAGAUUCUGCCUAUCCUAGUGGUAGUCGUUCAAGACCAUCCUCCAGGCCCACAUCUUGCUAUGGCCUGGACUUGUCUAUCAAAAGAGACCCAUCGAGCUCUUCACUCAGGCUGAAAGGAGAUGGUGAAGCAUCUGGAGACGGCCCCAAUUAUCAAACCCCAUCUGGUCGCACCAAACCUACUAGCCUUCCCAUUGUCCAAAGUGGGCGCGGGAGAAUACCCAUAGUGGCCCAGAAUUCAGAAGAAGAGAGUCCACUGAGCCCUGUUGGGCAGCCUAUGGGUAUGGCCCGUGCAUCAGCGGGACCUCUGCCUCCCAUCUCAGCCGAUUCAAGGGACCAAUUUGGUUCUUGCCUUUCAUUGCAAGACUCCCAACAGCAGCAACAUAUCAGGGAAGAGCCAACAAGGGGUAGGAGUUAUGUGCUGCUGGAUGAUCUUCAGGGCACCAUGUCAGAUAGCGAAGCCCUAAGUGAUUCCCUGAUGGCUUUGAACAGAGACGAUGCAACCAAUGCCUACCACCUUAGACGGGAAGAGACAGAUUGGUUUGACAAACCGAGAGAUGGGCGGUCGGAGAACGGACAGGAGAAGAGACAGGGAAAAGGUCCAUACUACCCCUUCCCUCACCUCAGGGUCAAACUGCAGAGGGAUCCUAAAGACCGCAGUGUCUCAGGAAAUGGUCUGGGUAUCCGAGUGGUCGGAGGAAAAGAGGUCCCUGGUAGUAAUGGAGACAUUGGAGCAUAUGUUGCCAAAGUGUUACCCGGUGGAGCGGCAGAACAAACAGGAAAGAUUCUUGAAGGAAUGCAGGUCCUGGAGUGGAAUGGUGUUCUUUUGACGGGGAAAACCUAUGAAGAGGUACAAGGGCUCGUUGGACAGCCGUGUAAUGAGGCAGAAGUGUGUGUCAGACUGGAUCUCAACAUGUUGGCAGAGUCUGAGGGUUCCCAGCACCUAGAUUUCCAGGAGCACAGCAAAGGUGACAGACCUCCCAGAUCUCCAGGUGUUGAUCCCAAGCAGCUAGCGGCUGAGCUGCAGAAAGUGUCACAGCAGCAGGCUCCACUGUCCACCUCCUCCUCCAGCCUGCCUGCCACCACUUCAGCAACCUCCAGCCCCGGUCAGCCAGGAUCCCCCUCAGUCAGCAAGAAACGUCACAGCAGCAAGAUUUCAGAGGGAACAAAGAGCCAAUCCCACCCUGUCUCUGGAGAGAUACAGCUUCAAAUCCACUAUGACAAGCAGCUUGGCAACUUGAUAGUUCACGUCCUGCAGGCCAGAAACCUUGCCCCGCGGGAUAACAAUGGCUACUCCGAUCCAUUCGUUAAAGUGUAUCUCCUGCCAGGGAGAGGUCAGGUCAUGGUUGUCCAGAAUGCCAGUGCCGAAAACAAGAGGAAGACCAAACACGCAGGCAAGACUAUCAACCCUGAGUGGAACCAAACUGUCAUCUAUAAGAACAUCCACCUGGAACAGCUUAAGAAGAAGACUUUGGAGGUGAGCGUGUGGGACUAUGACAAGGGCUCCUCUAAUGAUUUCUUGGGGGAGGUCCUUAUUGAUCUGUCCAACACUGCCCAGCUGGACAACAUCCCGCGGUGGCUCCCUCUCAAGGAGCAGAGUGAGGGGGACCACCACAGACGCUCGCACUCAGGCCAGGGUCGUCACAGUUCUUCUAAACCCUCCUCACAGCACUCCUCCCCUAAAACCACUGGCUCCUCGCAUGAUAAUCAGGAUUCCCCAAAAUCAUCUGUCAUCAAGAGUCGAAGCCAUGGGAUCUUUCCAGAUCCGGCCAAGGACACACAGGUGCCCACUAUCGAGAAAUCUCACAGUAGCCCUGGCACAUCGAAGCCUUCCCCGUCCGAGGGCCAGAGCCAAAGCCACAGCCACGGACACAGCCAACACUCUCGCUCACACGGCGCUUCACGCUCCAGCAAAAGCGCCGCACGACAGCACCAUCAGGAAAGCCUCAAUGGAAGCAGAGGAGGCGCUGCCGUAGCAACGGGCGAUGCCCAACAGCAGUCACAGCAGCAGCCGCCACAACGCCUCCAACCAAGCCAAAGAGGCCGCCUCUCACUGAGGCACCAGAGACACAGCGUAGUGGGCGUGCUCACCAUUCAGAGAGCCCAGUCUGACUGGCUGCCUGCCCUGCCAUCGAUUGUGUCGGCCAAAGGGAGCAGAGCAGACGGCAGACACCUGACCCUCAGGAAAGCCGUGUCAGAAGAGAGACCGCAGAGCACCGGAGCUCGGUCAACCUACAAAUCAGGAGAUGCCCCGGUCACAGCAGCCUCGUUAGAUAGUGGCUUGAGCGGCAGCGCCUACAGCCUACUGGACGAGGAAGCAGAGGCAAACGAGGUGGACAGUGCUAUCUUCCAAGUGCCCCGAUUUGGAAAGAUCCCAAAUGGCACAGAUGUGAUCAAAUCAUCACUGGGACACAGUGACACUGAAGGUAAGACUCAGGUAAUGGGAGAGAUAAAGAUCGCUUUGAAGAAAGAAAUGAAGACGGAAGGUGAACACCUGGUCCUUGAGAUUCUUCAGUGUCGUAACAUCACCUACAAGUUCAAGACUCCAGAUCACCUGCCUGAUCUUUAUGUGAAGCUCUAUGUGGUGAAUAUCGCCACCCAGAAAAGGAUCAUCAAGAAGAAGACCAGGGUUUGUCGCCACGACCGUGAGCCGUCCUUUAAUGAGACCUUCCGCUUCUGCAUGAACCCCACCGGACACGCGCUACAGCUAUUCCUGGUGUCCAACGGUGGCAAAUUUGUGAAGAAGACCUUAAUAGGCGAGGCCUACGUGUGGCUGGAUAAAGUUGAUUUACGCAAGCGAGUGGUGAGCUGGCACAAGCUGCUUGCCAGCACUGCCCAGAUCCACUCAUAGGAGGGGACUCAAUCUAAAAGAAAUAAGCUUAAGCGGAAAACAGGUUUCUGACAUCUGGGUUCCACAUCUGGAAUGCUGAUCCAGUCUUCUGGAAGGUCUGGGCACGGGAAGAGGGGGGAUUUUUUUCUUCAACCUUUGUUUCAGGGCUCGCAUACCUUGCAAUUUGGAAAAAUGCUUUCAGCAAAUGAUGAUAUCUGCUCUGAUUAUGUGAAAAACUUGGAGGAAACCAUUAUGUGUUUACAGGGAAUAAACACAUGUUUACAGGACAUACAGUGUACAGCAGUGUAGCCAGGACUUAGAAGAAGAACACAGGUGCUGAGUUCAGAGGUCAAGUGCAGAAUCAACCAGGUAUUACACACUUUAUCUCACAUACACACACAUGCUCACGACAUUGCACACAGUCAUUCACACAGAACUUUAAAUCUAAUAGAUACAGGGAAUGGACACACUUAUAGAUUCGAAUUGAUUUAUUUUGAUGUUUUAUCCAUUAAAUGUUCUUUAAAUGGGGCGCUCACCCUCGCUUUAUUAUUGUAUUGAUUUACAAAGCGUUUUGGGAAUGAAAUAGUAAAGACUCUGCUAUAGAGACCUCUUAUUUAUUUUUGUAUUAUGAUAUUAGCGUAGAGUUCUAUGAUUUGUCUUCUCCUCAAUUAUUUAAGUACUUUAACAAUCUAUUCUGGGAAGGAAGUAUAUUUUAUAAUACACUACCUAGCAUUCCAGUUCAAUACAAAAAAAAAUAUUGCAAGCAUGUUUUUGACUUUAUUAACAAAAACUACUUGUUCCCUACCCUUUUAAUCUGAUUUUUCCCUGAUGUUAUCCAAUGAUGACUAUUGUUUGAUAUAGCAUCAAUAUUAAUAUAUAUCAAAUUGGACAUUAUAUGUUGUGCGCAUGAGUCUAUCUAUUUGGUAUGGAGUGCCACAUGUUCAACAAAAAAAAAAAAAAAAAAAACACCUCCAAGGUUCACUUUGUAUAUAGUGAAGUGUCAUAGCUGGACAUUAUUCUACAUAUAUAGAUAUAUAUAGAUAUAUAGAUAUCUUUAUCACAGACAAUCAAGUCUUGAUGAUUGUGGCAUAGAAGUUUUAUUUAUUCAUGACGCCCCUUAGAAUGUGAGACGUUUACUAUAUGAGAGUUAAGCAUUUCCUCUUUUUCCUUGUAAGAUUGGAGCACAUUAGAAGUCUUACAUCAGUCUUGCUUUCGUUCGUAAGGGCAGUCAACUCGACGACACUCGCUUUUGUAGUAUUUUGCACUUUUUCUGCUUAGAAUGUAAAACUAACAUCAUCAUCCUGCUAAAUUAUUAUUUUUUCACUGGGAAAGUGAGAAACUAUAGACUAUAUAGGAACUACCCAGAGUUACGAUCCUAAGGCGCGAUGCUGUAACAGUAGCAUGAUGAUGUUUCGUCCCACCUCCACGCGCACUUCAUUAAACGCCUAUUAUGCCCAUUAUUUCAUGAGAAAGGUCCUGUUUGCUGUGUACAGGUGUCAAAAGACUGGAAGGCUGGUUCAUUUAACAUUUUCAGUGAAAUAUCCGAGUGAUUUCUAUGCAACAUCUACUAUAUAGCGUAAAUAACUGCACCCUGACUUGCCAGAAAUAUGACACUUGGUUUGAGAGGAAGCAUUUCUGUUUAUUUUGCACUGCUGUGUUUUCAUGUCCUCCACGAAAUGGUUACUGCUUUAAUAUGAUUUGUUGUUUUCUGUUUGGUUUUUUUUAUUUACCGUGUGAUUUUUUGUAUUGCUAUAUGAAUCUUUAUUUAUUGCCUGUGAGACAAUUUCAUAUGUUGUAUUAUAUUUGUUUACAGUACAUAUCAGAUGUACAGAGAAAUUAGGUUUUUAUACACUAUGUAGUGCUUGUUUACAAUAUUUAGAGGGGCCUGAAACUCAGAGAACCAACUUUUUUGCCCUUGUGCACGAACACACGCUCACAUUAAAAACGCCAAUUCCACGUAGCUAUAAAUCAAAGGAAGAAAAUCGAACAUUCCUAGUCAUGAUUCCUAUCUUUGUUUUGCACUCCCCCUUCGAAUUGUUUCAUUUUCCAGUAAGUUUAUGAAUUACCAAAAAAAACAACAACUAAAGAAAACCUUGUAAUCAGUGGACUUCACACCUCAAACGUAAGGUGCAACGUGCAUUUUUGGUUGCUUUUCUUAACUUUCUAUCCAUGUGCUCGUGUGUGUGUGUGUGUAGCAUCUUCAUACCAAGUCCAUGCAUGUCAUUAGCUCUAAUGCAGUAUCCCUUCCUUUACAUGUUAUCUGUCUAAAUUAUCUAAAAUUUCUCAUAACACACGAUGAAUUAUACAAACACACACACACACCCAGAUGCCAUCUCUAUCUUCAACCUUGUAAAUAAAUAGUUUUUUUAUACUGGGGUUUGGGGAAGCAAUAGGUCUUUUAGCAGUCAAAACUAAACAAAAAACAAACAAAAAAAAGUCGCGUGAUCUUAGAAGUAACAGGGAGUUGUUUCUCCUUGGAUCGCUGUACAGUGGAUAGGCCGAGGGAAGAGCUUCUGUCUGUUUAUAGGGACCCAGAUUUACCCGACCCUUUACACCAAACACUAAAAGUUUACCAGAGUCUAACACAGAAGUCUAUCUUAACAACUCAAGUAGUUGCAGGAGAAUUUAAAUGUGCUCACACUGGAUGUUGCAUGUUUCGUUGAUGGUUCAUACUAUUUUUGUGUCCGGAUAUUAUUAAAGAAAAAACAAGAAUGGUGUAGAGAGAGAUAUAGAACAAAUGUUAUAGAGGGGGAAGUUAUGAAGAAAACUUAUAAUUGAUGAUGUAUGCUGAGUGUACAAAGAGUAUGCUUGUAAAACCUGUCUGGUUUUUCACUUGUAAGUAAACAGAAAAAAAAGAAAUCUAAUGUCAUGGUUUUGUGAUUGUAUACAGGAGGUAUUGAUAAAUUAUGCAAAAUGUGCUGUAAAAAUGGCUGUUGC